AACUAGAGUUAACCAAAGUGUAAAAGAGGAGCUGCGGUUAUAAUAUUCAUGGCGAUGGCGCUUCGUGUAUUGCUUCUUUUGGUUUUGUUUUUCGCUACUGUUAAGGCACAGGGUUCUAUUAUUGAUCUCAAGGAAGUUGAAGAAGACAAACAACAACAUGUUGGUCUCAGCCAGGCACUUCGUGUUUUCACCAGAGGAGCCAAUAGGAGGCUAGUUCAAGACAUAGUUUUAAAGGUUGCAAAAUACUUGAACAAUGGGGAUAUUGCUCUAGCUCCUGCACCAGCUCCACCUCCAAGUCCAUUGGACUGUGGAGGUUUGUGCAAAUACAGAUGCAGUUUACACUCAAGGCCCAAUUUGUGUUUUAGGGCAUGUGGAACAUGUUGUGUUAGAUGCAAAUGUGUGCCACCAGGGACCUUUGGGAACAGAGAGAUGUGUGGCAAAUGUUACACUGAAAUGACUACCCAUGGCAACAAGACCAAGUGCCCUUAAUUAUUACUACUAGUAAUUUUUUUUUAUGAUAUUUUACAAGUGUGUGGACCUUAGCUUAUUUAAUUUCAUCAUCAUAUCUUAUGAGAUGGUACUAGCAAAUCAUGUCUGGCUAUAUUGCAGUAUCUUGCUGCUAAGCCAUGUGCAAGUUGCUGUUGUUUGAAAAGUAUUUUAUGAUGUUAUAUGUAUUAUGUUUUACCCGGCUUUAAGUUAAAAUAUUUUUGUCUA